AUGAGUGACAUGAGUUUACAAGAUGGUAACACAUUCUGUUGAUUGGUUGUCCUUUCUAGCAGCCGAAAUAGUAGCUCUCCAGGGAAAUGAGCUUAUCUUUGUGCCCCACCUAGGCCGUUUCAUGAGUACAUCAAUUGUUGCUUCCUUUCCAGAUGGACUAUUUCAAAUAGUGAGCAUCGGCGCUCCAGAUUCUUUUGUAACUUUUCAAGUUUAGAAUCAAACAACCUCUUACAUUGUCUAGACCCAAUUGGUAUAUUAUCCAGUGAUCUUACGAGGAGCAGAACAUACACAAGAAUUCCAAGCCAAAUAUGCGAUUUAUGGACUCUUUCUCCUUCCAACAGAGAUAAUGGCAAUCCAACCUUCUUAGCUCCCUUCCUUGUGAGAUUAAUUUGCUUUGCUAACUGCUUCCAGCCUGAGAAGCAUACAUUUAGCGUAAUCUUCAUGUGAAAAUUCAUGUUUGAGUCGUGACGUACAAAGAGAAUGUUUUGACCAUUGCCAAUACUAAGAUGAUGAAAAUAAAGUCAAAGUUAAAGCUAUUUAGCUUCUUCUGCUUUUCAUGUCCCAAGUGAUACCAGCUGGAAGAAGGAUCUAGAUAAGCUAAAAUAGUGCUUCUUUCUUCCACAUAACAGUACAAUUAAGGAAAAGUCUACGUGCAAGUUACAGCAUUAGGAAACAAUUCUUGUCCUUUUGAAUAAGGGAUCUUGUGCGCUUUGCUAUGGCGAACACUAAGGGGCCAUCUAGUAUGAGAAGUAUGAUGUACAACGGAAGGUGCUCUUUACUGCCUCCUAAAAGUCCAUUUCCUAGCAUGGCCCCGUCUUAUCUCGAUUAUGUCCCCAGUUCUGCUGUCAACCAAAAGGGCAUCCUGAAACCCAGAGAUGGAAAUUCACACCAUCAGCGUACUUCCUCUGAAAGCUGUCUUAUAGAGGAGCAACCCUCUUGGUUGGACGAUCUUCUUAAUGAGCCAGAAACUCCUGUACGCAGAGGCAGCCAUCGACGCUCAUCAAGUGACUCCUUUGCAUAUUUUGAUGCUGCUAACAUUGCAGGCGUAGAUUACGUAGCUCAAGUCGAUAACAAGUUCGGAAAUAUGACUCGUAUCCCUUCCUGGGGGUCACAAGACUUUGACUAUUACAAAGAUGUUCGGCAUGCUGUUUCUUAUGUUGAUCAAAACUCCUCAGUCCAACAGAAGAAUAGGACAAAGGAUGCAUCUUCAAAUACAGUAUUGCAUCUCCGUAACCUUUCCUCUCCUAGGGAAGAUCUCCGUAUUCAGAGCUCUGGAUCACCUUGCCUCCCACAAGACGGAGACAGGCCUAAAUCUGCAGGAAGCGACAAGCAGGAUUUAGCCGAAUCUGGCAAAGGGUCUGCUGAGAAAAAAGAUUCCUCUCAAAGCAAGAGUUCUUCAUCAGAAACUGACACGAAACGUGCAAAGCAGCAAUUUGCUCAACGAUCAAGGGUCAGAAAGCUUCAGUACAUAGCUGAACUGGAAAGAAACGUACAAGUUUUGCAGGCUGAAAGUUCUGAAGUGUCUGCAGAGCUUGAAUUUCUUAACCAGCAGAAUCUUAUCCUCAGCAUGGAGAAUAAAGCCCUAAAGCAGCGCCUAGAAAAUUUAGCUCAGGAACAGCUUAUAAAGUAUUUGGAGCAUGAAGUUCUGGAAAGAGAAAGAGGAAGGCUGCGAGCAUUGUAUCAGCAACAACAGCAGCUACAACAACCAUCUUCCAGUCAUCGCCGCAACAGCAGUAGGGAUCUCGAUCAGCAAUUUGCAAACCUCUCUUUGAGACACAAAGAGGCCAACCGUGAUCCUGUUUCAGGACAACUUCACAUUUGACCGGAAAUUAGCUACAACUUCAAUCACAGCUUACUGACUUUCCCUCGUCUGAUUUUGCCAUGGAAUAACAAAAGUUUACAAGUUCCAUUGUUGCGCGAUCAAGACGAGGUCUUGCCUCUCUCGUGCUCACCUUCAACGGGUUUACUCUUCUACUAUCUAGAAUUGGUUCUAAUUCUUGUGACAACAUGUGUCUUUACAUCAACAUUUGUUAAGCUUUUACGUGCACCUGGUGGUCAAUGCUAAAGAAUAGCAUUUGUGACAGUUGACUCACCUGAGGUGGUUGAUUCCAGCAUGUAUGUUCCAAGUGAUUAAAUUAAUCACUUCCCCUUCAUCUUUCUGUUGUAACAUUAUCCAGCUUCUGGUUCCACCACAUUUAUCUUCAUGGAUACAUUUUCAUGACUAUGUAAUUUAAACAUUGAUUGUGGACUCCUUUCAGUUCAUUCCUUAUUUCGUUUUAAGGCAAUAAAAGCUUCUAUGUUAAUUA